AUGGCAACAAGUGCAUCCGAUACCCCUUCGGCUUCGGGGCGCAACGUAGACAUGGUGCUAUGGGUGACAUACAUUAACAUCGUACUGUAUGGUCUUUGCUUCCAGCUUCAGCGGCCAGUAGAGCCUUUUUUGGUCAAAUCUCUUUCAGAGGGAAGUGAUUCUGCCGAAUUCACACAGACGUACGGUCGACUGCAGUCUUUCUUCAAUGCUGUGCAAACCAUCGGGUCGCCGCUGGUGGGAAUCCUACUGGACCAAAUUGGCAUCCGAAAUGCUUCUGCAGUUGUCUUUGGCGCCACGGCGUUGUCCUAUGCCAUGUUAGCGUCUGCUACCGAUAUGAAUCUACUCUUCUUGUCCAAAGUACCAACUAUGCUACAAGCAGCCUUUUUGGUGGCGCAGGCCACCGCCGCCAAUGUUACUGGGGAUGAUAAUGCUGCCCGAGCCAGAGCUUUGGGUAGAAUGACCACUGCUUAUACGAUCGGUGCCACUGUGGGUCCUGCGCUUGGAGGUCACUUGGCUAGUAUGGGCGAUCUCUAUUUCAGUGCCAAGAUUGCUGUGGUGGGAAGUCUCAUAUCGGUGGUCCUUUCCAUUUUAUUUUUACCAAACUCGACAAAUGUCAAAGGUGAUGAUGACACGGAGAAGAAAACCAAAGAAAAUGAACCCAAAAAAUCCUUCCUGGCAGCGGUACAACAUUCCCUAGAAAUUGCGAUGAGGCCAGCCGUGUGGCCCCUCUUGACAGUCAAGCUGGUGGGGGGAAUUGUUGCUUCGAUGCAUGGCACUGCAUUACCCAUAACAUUGACAGAAAAGCUGCAAUUUGAGCCGUCUCAAUUAGGGAUAUCCAUGUCAACCUCCAUGUUUGUGAUUGCUGCAUUUGGGGCCUUUUGCAUGGCUCCUUUGGCAAGGUCUGUGGGUCCUGAUGGAAUGGCAAGCAUGGGGCUGGUUGGGAGAGCGCUUAUGGGGCCCGUGUUUGCAGCGAUUGUUGCUUUUGUCUCGGGCAAUGGCCAAAUCGUGGUGAUGCAAGUUGCACUAGCUUCGGUUCUUCACGCGCUUUCGAGCCAUUGUCUAGCCACUGGGUUGACAACGCAGACCACUGGUGCCGUCAACAAAGAGGAACAAGGAACAUUACUUGGUUUGGAGCAUUGCUUGUUCAGUCUCGCACGCAUAGCAGGGCCAACACUAGGAACCACGCUGCUUUCAUGGAGCAAGACUGGCAGUCUUUGGUAUGUUGAAGGUGCUUGCGCUUCCGCAGACCUUCUGUUAAACAUCUUUCUCUUCGCAACGACGUCAUCGACGAGGCUUGGCGGGAAACUAAAGCAAAACUGA